GGCUUCACUUCCGGUUCCUCUUCGUCACAGCCACACAGAACCAAUUUGGUUAACUCUACGAGACAGGGAAUAAGUACAGCGAUACCUGGCUCUGCUCACUCAGCCUACCACUUAACCUGCUCACUGUAGCCUUCCUGGUCGACCCCACAAAAGUUAGUGGUUUUAUCACCGGUUUGGAUCAAUAUGAGCAGCCUGCGUGUGUUUACAAUCAGUAGGAGUGAGCUCGCAAAUUGCGCAGAGGGUCUUAUCUUGGUAGCUAACGUUAGCCCCACAAAGCUGCUUUCUGUGGCCCGCUCUGGCUGUAUCACCCACGGGACAGGCACUUGUCACUUGGCUAAGAGUCAGCAGCAUGAAUCUUAUACGUCUAGUGUGCCGCCACAAGACAGCCCUGGUCAUCGGCACUGUUUGCAGCUUUGCUGUAGUUCUUGUCUUCUUGGCCAAAUGUACCUCAGAAACCCUGAAACAGGGUCACCAGGAUCCUCCAGGCUUAGCUCCCCAUGCCAGUGCUUUGCAGUCCCGUCCAGAGCAGCACAACCCCCCCUCCACAUCCAAAGAGAAGUCAGCAUUCCUUGUGGUCCUCAUCACAACUGGACCUAAGUACACAGAACGGAGGAGUAUCAUCCGCAGCACCUGGCUCGCCAAGCGGGACUCUGAUGUUCUGGCCAUGUUUGUGGUUGGAACUCAGGGGCUUUCCAGCGAGGACCUACAGAACCUUAACACAGAGCAAGGGCGGCACAAAGACCUGCUCUUACUGCCUGACUUACGAGAUUCUUACGAGAACUUAACACUCAAGCUGCUCCACAUGUACUCCUGGCUGGACCAGAAUGUGGAGUUCAAGUUUGUUCUCAAAGCAGAUGAUGACACAUUUGCUCGCUUGGACCUCCUUAAAGAGGAGCUGAAGGGGAAAGAGCCCAACCGGUUGUACUGGGGCUUCUUCUCAGGGAGAGGACGAGUGAAAACAGCUGGCAAAUGGCGGGAAAGCUCUUGGGAGCUCUGUGACUACUACCUGCCUUAUGCACUGGGUGGGGGCUACAUCCUCUCAGCCGACCUGGUGCAUUAUGUACAUCUGAAUGCAGGUUACUUCAAGACGUGGCAGAGUGAGGAUGUGUCACUGGGUGCCUGGCUGGCACCAGUGGAUGUUCGGCGGACGCAUGAUCCACGCUUUGACACAGAGUAUAAAUCACGUGGUUGCAACAACAAAUAUUUGGUCACACAUAAGCAGAGCUUGGAGGACAUGUUGGAAAAACAUCAAACUCUCCAGCGUGAUGGCAGGCUCUGCAAAGAGGAAGUCAAACUGCGAUUGUCCUAUGUGUAUGACUGGGGUGUGCCACCCUCACAGUGCUGCCAAAGGAAGGAUGGCAUUCCUUAAUUGUUUUUUACACAGUUGAAGUUGGCUUUUGAUUUGUGUCAUUUGAGUAUUAAAAAUUGGGGAAUAAUGUUUUUCAAUCAAUUUGCCAUUGUUACAUGAUUUAAAGUUGUGUAGCAGGUACUAGACACCUUAGUAAAAACCUGAAUGCUGUCAGAAACCCCAUCUCAAAUCUGUAAAACCUUUUACUCUGUUUACUGACAAAUAAAGGGCAGUUUUACAGAUUUUUUUCCAUUCAGACCAGAGGAUCUAGAAGGAAUUUAGCCCAAAUUAUAGCAGAGUGGUCUUUGAGCUAGACAUUGAAUUGCCCUUGUUUUCUUAAAGGUUUUAUAAAUCUUAAAUGGUCUUUGGUAUCUCCAUCUUAAUUUAGUCCAGGUUAGACCACAUUUAAUGUGGGUCAAGAAGUAAUCAAAUCACUCCUUUUUAUCUGUUUUCACAAAAAGAAUGGGGUUUCAAACAGUGCCAUAGCUUUUAUUUUGAAGUCAAGUACAAAAUAUAUAACUUAAAAUGGUGUACCAGUACCAAUGGACAAUUGGCUAGGAAAUAUUUCCCCUUAACUCUCGAAUUGGAAGCCAGCUUUCACCAUUUGUCCUUUUUGACCUGUAAAACUCCUUGGCCUUGUUAUUUGGGCCCAGUAUAAUGUCAGUGCUCUCCUUACCACCAGUUUACCACGUCGGUGGCCUCCUGCUCUCCUCUGUCUGUGCUUCUUCUGCUGUACCUCUUGCUAAAUAUUGUCAAACACCAUGAGAUGUUUAAAGUGUAGUAGAUGGCACAGGGAAACACAGACGAGAGAUUCUCACCCUGCCAUUAUGUCUACAUUUUUUUGUGAAAGCAAUUUUUUUGUAUUUUAUUUAUUACUAAUUUAUUCUGCAGCAAAUACAACACACUGGUGGUGAGUUAUAAGAAACACGGUGAAUGUGGUUGCUGCUUGUGAGUAGAAUUUGUAUUUAUAAACAUGUUUUGGGGAACAAAAUCACGUAAAUCACAGAAUGAAUGGACAAGAAAUGUUCACUUUCAAAUGUAAAACUUUUGUUUACAGUCAACGGUACACAAGGUUUAAGGUUGCUACACAGAAUGCGCAAGAGAAAAUGAGUGAAUGUGUUUUAUUCAGCAGGCCUUCUUAUUCAACAGUCACUCUUUAAAGUUUGGUCCGUGCAUUUACUUUGCAGAGAUAUCAAGUUAUUUGUGAAUGUUUGCAGCAUGCCUCAGAUUCAGACUGAGAAACUUGAUAUAGACUACCAGCUGGCACUUGGUCACUUUUUAAACAAAAAUCCAUAAUCAUUAUUCAAUGAUUGCUUUUUUUUUUUUCGGAUGUUAGGCUCUCUGAACCUAACUCGCCCUGUGAUGUCAGCAGCUGAGUCCCAAAACGCGUGAAAGGGUACAACACACUGAAGUGCAAACGGUUGAGGAAUCCUGCAAAAAGAGCUACAUCCAAGUUCAUUCCUAUGACUGCUGUUACCUUUAUGUGAAUAAUGACAAGACUAUUUUGUCACUGUCGUCGCGAGCCAAUUCUGAUUCAGUCCAGCUUAAGUUUCAGUGUUUGUUUUUACAUACAUGGUCAGCCUCCCUGGAUGUUUUAUUAAAAUUUUUAAAUGUA